GCUUACAGCACCCCUUUAGGUGAAUCGUUGAAGUACUGUUUUCGUGAAAAAGAGUGAUUACCAAAUCAAAAUAUAGAAUUUAUUUCAAAUAUAAGGCUUCUUUUAGGCAAAAUGAAUCGAAUUGCCUUCCGGUUGCUGCUAACAAGUACUAGUAUUCGAUUCCCGCAACAAUCGUAUCAUAUCCUAAAGAGAAACUGUAGUUUCAAAAGCGAUCUUUCACUUGACAAAAUCUACCCUACCAGCAAUCUACGGCUCUACACACCGGCACCUCCGACUUCAAAGGAUGGUAAAUUUAGCGGAUACAUUCCAUUGGACAAGCUGGACGUCACGUAUAGCCGAAGUACCGGUCCAGGAGGUCAAAAUGUAAACACAGUGAGCACUAAGGUUGAUCUCCGAUUUCAUCUGGAAUCGGCCAAUUGGCUCCCGGGAGAUACCAAGAAACGAUUAGCUGAAAUGCAAAAGAAUCGUAUUACAAAGGAAGGCUAUCUGGUGAUCAAAAGUGAAAUGACCCGAUCGCAGCAGAUGAAUAUGGCCGAUGCCCUGGAAAAGUUGCGAACAUUCAUCCGGGAGGCAGAAGAACCUGUUACGAAAGAGCUCGCCCCGGAAACACUAGAAAAGCUGCGACGUCGUCACGAGAAAGCUGUUCGGGAGCGUUUGAUGGUCAAACGGCAACGCUCGCAAACCAAAUCCGAUCGACGGGCACCCACAUUGUAAAGGUUUGCUGUUUUGUUUCUCGAGUAAUAUAGGAUUGAUACAUGU